AUGCCUGUGGCGAAGUGCUGUGUGAUAAGCAGUUUCCAUCACAGACGGCUGUACAAUAUGCUUGCGGAGGGCACAAGCAACUAUGGCGUCAACAGUGAUCAGUGCGGCUGUGGGCUGUCGACGGUCGGACAGCCGGCGGCGCAGGUGACGGUGCAGACCGGCGUGAGCCUUAAGAGCAAGCAGAUGAAUGCGUUGAAAGCUCAGCCGCCUAGACCGCCCAGCACUCGACCACGACGACGACUCCGAACGCAAGCGGAGUCCCGCUGAGGCAGUGCGGCAACUGCAUUCUGGGCCACGGCAAGGCGCCGAAUACAGAGGAGGUCAAGCACUUUGCAAACCCUCCCUGGGUUUUACACGUCAUACACCCAUGUUUGUAUGGCUUGGCACCGUGCUGUACAGCGUGUUGUUCAACUGGCACGCCUACAUAUCACCAUUUCUCUCUCUCUGUGGGUGUGUUGCUGGUUCAGUGUUUGUCUCGGUUGUCGGUGUUGGGUAUCUGUUGUGUUGGCAUCGUUUGGAUCCACACACACCCGACUUCGGUACACAACCCAACCACACUCUCACUCACCCACGCACCUCUGUCAUACGGGUGUGUGGUUCAUGUUGCUGUGUUGUGUUGUGUGUUCUUGGGAUAGGUUAGGUUGUGUGGUUGGCAGACGGUGGGGCAGUGAGCUGUGCUCGUACUACCUCAUCCCACCGAUCUGACCUGGGUACGCCAUGCUCACCACCCUCACCCCCAACACACACACACGUGGUGCACACACGUAUGGACCCUGUCGGUUGGGGUGUGUGUGUGAUGUAUUCGUGUGGACUUCAGUGCGCUUCGUAUUCGUUCCAUAUCAACCAGAGCGUUCACCUCGAGCUUCCCGUGCGUCAGUCAACGUCACUAUACGUCUCUCCCACGACAUACAUCAUCUCGGCAUCUCCGCACAGUCUUCGCAUGGCUCGGCUACCCACUCAUCCUGCGGAACAUCGCCUACGUGCUGUGCCACCUGAAGUGCGUGCGGGACUGCGUCGUUUGGCUUCCGGAGUCCAAGACGGGGCGGGCGCCGGUGGUGGUGGUUCUGGGUCGCGUGGUGUUCCUGAACAUCGACAAGCGCGUGUACAACAACCAGCGCGCGGACAUCGAGAAGCGCGAGUACAACAACCAGCGCACCCGGCGGGCGGCCGCAGAUGAGAAGACAGAGUUCUUCCUGAUCGACGCCGAGCGGGAGGAUGACAUCGGCAACAAGAGCACCGGCACCAACACCCCCGGCACUUACGAGGCGCCCACAAACCCCCAGCACAAGGGAGCUUGA